GCGACGAGCGCGUCAUUUCCCGAAGUCCGUGGCUCGCGUCUCCUCUUUCUCCUCGUUGAGUGGGGGUCUCCGCCUCCUCUAACUGGAAACAGAGGCCUUUCGCUACUUCUGUUGAGUUCCGGACACCGCGCGCUUCCACACACCUGCCCCGCCACCUGGCCUCGGGUCUGCGUUGGGAAAGCACGGUCGCUCCGCCCUGGCCCCCCGUCCCCUGUCCCCCGAAGCAGUGUCCUCACUCGCCACGUGUCCCGGAGCCCUCAACCAAGCGGCACUCGCCCCUUCUGCCCACAUUCCGGGAGCAGCCUGCGGCUGCGUUGCUAGAAGUCCCCUGCUCUCCGUCUCGUGUUAAUGACUACGCUCUUGUUUACCUUCCCCACGGUGGGGUAGCCUAGAGAAGUGAGGUCCUCCCCCUGACAGUCCAUUCAGAGUGGACUGCCACUCAGCCCCCUCCUGCCAGGCGCCUGUUCUCCCGCGGUCCCGGGACUCGGAUGUCCACAGGCAUCCCAUAGUGACCGAUCAGUGGCUUGGCUGCCCACUGCCCUCCCCUCGCCCCUUUGCUGGCAUCGACCAGGUUUUGCCAGCACAGUGGUUGCUGCCCAGGAGUCUUAAUGAAGUGUGACCGAAUGCCUUGCCUGCCAUCGCUGAAGCCCAAUCCGCAGGCCUGCUGUCUUUGCUGGCUGGUGGGGGGGUUGACCCUUUUUUAAAAAGCAUUCCUUCAAGCAGGUGGGAGGGCCUGGAGCACUGAAGGUGGGCUGUGCGGGGAGGGGGGGGGCACGCCAGCGGCUUGUUGCAUUGUGGAUGGCUGCCUCCCGUCCUAGAGCUUCCCUCCCUGGGUCCAGGAGGGGUGUUUGAGCUCGGUAGAGGGUGUCUGGUCUUACAACUUAAAGCUGGACCUCUCGGUAUUCCAGAAUAAAACAUUUAUUGGUUCAGAACCACAAGCGAGGCUUCUCGCCCGAGCGUGUUUGUGCCCCGUGCUUGAGCAGGGCUGGCCUUUAAGGGACAGCUUCCAAGUUCAGCAUCGUUCACUUUCAAGGUAGUUGCUAAAAAUGGGAGUUGAAUCGCGGCUACUGGGGAAGUCGGCUCCGGGGCUUGCUGCGUUCCAGCCCUGCGGCUGAGGCUGCCGCCAAGCGAGGUCGUUUUCCGGACCGUUCUUUGUCCGCUGCGGUGCGUGCUUUCUCUCUCAGGCUCUGCCACAGCUGGAGAGUUUGUUUACAGUCUCAGGCAACCUAGGAUUCCUGCCUGGGUCCUGGCUGUUCCUGAGUCUAAAGGUUUCUGGAUGGACUUUGUGGACAGCAGGCCCAGUCCGCACGGGAAAUGGAGCCCCGGCCAGUGGGGACAGUCCUCUGCGUGGCUGCUUCUCGGGGCAGUAAACAGUGACUCACUGUCCUCUCCGCUCCCCGCCUCCCUGUUCUCGGCUGGUGGAAGAUGCGUUGCUCCGCUACCGUUUCCAGGUGGUUCUGUCCGGGUGACUGUGCCCAGGUUAUGACGACUAAUCCCAAGGCGAACAAGGCAUUGAAGGUCAAGAAGGAGGCGGGCGAGAACGCCGCGGCGCUCAGCGACGAUGAGCUGGUGUCCAUGUCGGUGCGGGAGCUGAACCAGCACCUGCGGGGCCUCACGCGCGAGGAGGUGGUGCGCCUGAAGCAGCGGCGCCGCACGCUCAAGAACCGCGGCUACGCGGCCAGCUGCCGUAUCAAGCGCGUGACGCAGAAGGAGGAGCUGGAGCGCCAGCGCGUGGAGCUGCAGCAGGAGGUGGAGAAGCUGGCCCGCGAGAACAGCAGCAUGCGGCUCGAGCUGGACGCCCUGCGGUCCAAGUACGAGGCCCUGCAGACCUUCGCCCGCACCGUGGCCCGCGGCCCCGUCACGCCCAAGGUGGCCACCACCAGUGUCAUCACCAUCGUUAAGUCCGCCGAGAUGGCCGCCUCCGCCUCCGUGCCCUUCUCGGCCGCCUCCUAGUGCCCGCCCGGCCGAGGGGCGUGGUCCCGCGGAGAGGGAGCCCCACGGACUCCUGCGGACCGGCCGGCGGAAACAGACGGGGUUCAGCCGAGGUUCCGCGCGCUGUCCGCCCUGCACACGCGCACACGCACGCGCACUGCACGCCCCGCCUGCCCCGGGCUCCGCCGCCCUCUCCGGGCCGCCUCCUAGGCUCUGUCUGGCGCCGGCAGGGGCAGGGGGUGUGGACGGAAAGCCCUCAGGAGGCCCCUGGCCCAGACGUCUUCCACCCCUCCCUCGAGCUGCCUGUCCGCACGCGGCAGCGUGUCCACACCCUGCACGGGCCCCCAGCUGGGCCAGCACGCCUUCAACACGCUGACUGCACCUGGGCGCCCGGGAGGAACCGCCCCCCUGCAGGGUCCAAACACUGUGAUCCUGCUGCAGCCUCGGCCACAGUCCCAGACCCCCUGAGUGGGCGGAGGAAGGGCUGUGCGCGAGUGCAAGCAUGUGCGAGGGUCACCUGUGCGUGUGAACAUGCGCGCACGUGUGCUGUCCUCCUGCGGGGCGCCGCCGCUCUGGCGGCCUCGGGAGCGGCUUGUCACUGGGCCCGCACACGCUUUGCGUUUCCUCUCCGUGUCGGGUGGCCCGGGGCGGUCCCCAGCGAGGAGCAGCAGCCACCUGGCCAGGAGAGGGGAGCCCCGGGGGGCGGGGGGGAGGGCACGUUCUCUGGGGAGCAGGUGUGAAGUUGGCAGCGGCCGAGGUCCUGCUGGAUGAGACGGAAGGCAGGGAGGAGGGUGGGCUGGCGGACGAGGAGUGGUGUUGGUGAGGGAAGGGGAGGACGUGGGUGGGGCGGGCGCUGGGCUGGGCAGGCGGCAGGGACCAGCCUCCCGGGGGCACGCGGACGGUCGGCGGAGGACAUGGCGCUCUGCCGCCUUGGUGCUUAAUCGUUGCCUGGAACCUCAUCUGCUCUUCCCUCGCGGCACUCAGAGCCACUGAUGGUCGGGUGGCCUUUGCUGGGUGUCCCCUCCCCGAGCGUGGCCAGGCUUGGGCGCCUUUUCCUGCCCUUCCUGGGAAGGUGCCCGGCCCAGAGGAGGGUGGUGGGGGUGGAUGGUGAGCCCCAAGCCCCCUGCAGGCCGGAAGCUCUGAGCUCCAGCUCCCGGCUCCUUCUCGGCUUGCUUCCCACUGAUAGCCCACCCGGCAGGAGGCAGCGGCGUGCGGGGAGGGCACAGGGCCCCCAGGGCUGCGGGUGGAAAGUGUCCCCCUGUUUGGGGGGAGGCAUGGUCUAGGGGGGACGUCUGGGUCCCUUCAGAGCCAGGCGGGCGUGUAGAGAAGCUGUCCGUACCAUAGCCGUGGUAGGUAAUCCACAUUGGAUAUCAAUAAGAACCAUGGGGAUAUUUAAAAGAGAGAAAAGUAUAUAUAUAUAUAAAAAAUUAUAUACACAUUUUAUCGUUCAGAUUUUCGUACCUUUUCUUCCUAUUUGAUACUGUAAAUCUCUAUAGAGCAGAGCUGACUGGCAGUGCGGGUGGGGGGGGCACCCCCUCCCACGCCUGGCCUCUCAAGUCGGCCACCCACCGCCCCGUGCUGCCCACCGGGCCGCCCCCUUCCCAGGACCAGGCCUGGGAGACCCAUGUGCCCCUCCUUUCAGAGCGUUGGCGUUUCAUUGUCACAGUUUUAAUAUAUGGGUUUUUUUAAUUUAAGAAGACAGGCCCGUCCCCCUGCUCUCGGGCGGCAGGGCCCUGCGUGUCAGCUCCACACCCGUCUCCCACACCUCCGGCCACUCAGCAGUUUCAUUUCAAUAUUUAUUUUUGUGCUGCUUUUAUCAUGAUAUAAAUUAUUGAGAAGAGACCCUAUGUCGUGGCCCCGAGGUGCGAAGCAGCCCGCCCGGCCGGCCACGCCUAACUUAUUGCUGUACAUCUCUGCUGUGACGCUUUUGUACCUUUCAAUAAAGAGUUUUCUGGUUUCA